UGAUGACGGAAUGACCUCGUCACGCUUCGUUGGCACGUGUAUAAUGCAAAUCUAAUUCUGUUAACGUGCAAAGUACAACAUACACAAGGACAUUGACGUACGAUCAGCUGGCAAGAGUAGGUUUUAACUUUUAAUUUUAAAGGUUGUAGCAGUUGCAAUAAAGGUUCGAAAAUAACGGCUGACAAGUGCUAUUCAUUGAUCACUGUCGAGGAUCACGUCCUUGUGGUAAUUGGGAAACCCCAGUUUUGUUCUAGCACUCGGUGGUCGGUCAGCCCUCGCGUCUGAUUGGUCGACUCCGUCCCCCCUGCGAUGCCGAUUCAAGACCUUAUACCUCCGUCUCCUGGUGAUUCGGCAGAUGCCGCCGGAGAGAUCAAAAUGGAACUAGACCCUGAAAACUCAGCCAUGAAUGAUUUGGUGGAGGAGGAAGAUUUGAAAGAUGAAUUCUGCGACCCAGACAAUCCAAUCAUUGUUAAAUUUCAGGAUGUGAGCGCUGCAGCUUACAAGAUAAAGAGCGGAGUUCACCGCACUCCUUGCCAGAAAUCCCAGAUCUCGAGUAUUGUAGGCAUGGAGGUUUACUUUAAGAAAGAUUUCCUGCAGGCAACUGGCAGUUUCAAGGAACGUGGAGCUCGCAACACUCUUCUGACCCUAUCAGAGGAGCAGAAACAGAAAGGCGUGAUUGCAGCGUCGGCGGGCAACCACGCCUUGGCACUGUCCUAUCACGGGCAGAGCCUUGGUAUCCAUGUAACCGUUGUCAUGCCAAUCAUUGCUCCCAUCAUGAAGAUCAACAGAUGCAAGCAGAACGGCGCCACUGUGAUCAUCCAUGGACAGGACUUGGGAGAGUCAAAGACCUAUGCCUUGCGGAUUGGCAAGAACAAAGGAUUAAUGUAUAUCAAUGGCUACGACAACCCCCACAUCAUUUCAGGGCAAGGCACCAUGGGAUUGGAGAUUGUUGAGCAGGUCCCUGACUUGGAUGCCGUUAUCGUUCCAGUGGGAGGAGCCGGUCUCAUCGCUGGGGUGGCGCUAGCGGUGAAAAGCCUUUCCCCUAGAACAGCUAUCAUUGGAGUUGAAAGUGAACAGUGCCCCAGCUUCUCCGCUGCCUUAGAUGCAGGCCAUCCCAUAUGGACCCGGUCUGGCCCCUCAUUGGCUGAUGGUCUUGCAGUACCCACUGUUGGUGUGAAUGCAUUCGCUACGGCCAAGAACUACGUCGAUAAGAUGGUGGUUGUCAGUGAGGAUCUGAUCGCCCUGGCCAUCCUGAGGCUGAUUGAGAUGGAGAAGGCGGUCGUAGAGGGCGCCGGUGUGGCUGGACUGGCCGCGCUCCUUGGAGACAAGCUGCCGGAACUCAAGGGCAAGAAGGUUGCCAUUCCGCUGUGCGGGGGUAACAUAGACACCACGGUCCUGGGCCGCGUGUUGGAGCGAGGCCUGGCUGCAGACGGCCGCCUGGCUCGCUUCGUGGUGACCGUCAGCGACAGGCCCGGGGGGAUCACAGAACUUGCCACCAUCAUCAGCUCCAUGGGUAUCAGCAUCAAGGAUAUCUUCCACGAGAGAGCGUUCCUCAAGAGUGAAAUCUUCAAUGUUCAGGUGAAAUGCGUUGUGGAGACACGCGACCAGGAACACUCUGACGAGCUCCACAGGGCUCUCAAGCAUCACUACCCUAGCGGCAGAAUCAUCUGGGGGCCACACUGCAUUUAAAGUGCCGCCAAAACUUGUACAAUUAUUUGUAGGUAAACCUUUUUUUUUAAACUGAAACUCACUUGUAACAAUAUAGAGAGGUACUGAGAAUUGAAUAUUUGUCUAGUCACCAUGGAAACAACUUGAGGUCAUGUGAUCCUAUCGUGUGAUACAGUUUUUCGUCAACAUCAGCAUUUGAAGGGUUUGUUUAGUUUGUUUUUUUCAAUUGUCAAAAUCAAACAAAUUCACACAUAUCUGAAUAUAUGACCGUUGAACUUGGAAGCAUUUAAAGCAGUAGUUUCAUGUGCCAUACUUUUUUUUUUUGGUUUUUUUUUUUUUUUUUUUUUUUUUUUUUGGUUUUCAAGAUUUAUUUUCUUGAAGUGAGAGAAGUUGUCAGUAUCUGACAAUGUAGAAUAUGCAUGUUUUUACUUUUUACAUGAAGUAAUAUAAAAGGCAGUAUUUUAGUGUUUUCUUUAGGCAUGAAAGGUGUCCAUUUUGAAAGUGAAAUAUAAGUUUGGGCCACAGUUCAUCUCAACCUCAGUAAGCCUGUUGUGAGAGAUGUGGCGAGUUGGGUUUGUGCGGGAUUUUGUAAAUUUAUUUCAGCUAACAUUUGAGCAGUUACCUGUAUUAUUAGAAAUUGAUAUAUGAAGUAAACUAGUGACUGCAAUUGUUUGCAAGUCAAAAAAAAAGAAAAAAGAUGCGCACAUUUUCCUUGUUUUGCCAAUUUUAUUUUUGUUUUUGAAAUUACAGUGAGUGACUUUUACUUUCAUCCACUAUAAAAAUAAAUAUAAGCAAAUAUAUACGUACAGAUGCACCCUUGAGGAGCCUUUUUUUCUUCAUAAAUUAUACCUUAGUAUAUUAAGGAGACAUUUCAAUGUCUUCCUAAUGUCACAACUCCUAUUUAGAGGCACAAUAUUUGUCGCAAAUAGCCAGAUCGAUUGCUCCUGGUCCAAAACAUAAACGUACCAAAAUUUGUAGAAAGGGGUUGGGGCUCAUCAAAGUUGGAAAAUGUUUGUGCACAACCCUAUGGGAAUGUCCCCCUAAUAAGGUACAUUCUCGGUAAUUAUUGUAUGUAUCAGUUAUAUGUUGUCAUUAGUUGCAUGGAAGUUAUUAUGAAAUGCAUGAUGCAGGGGAAGUUCGAUUUUCAUUAAAUUUCAACCACUUUUCACAGAACAAUGUUGCAAGUGUUUUCCGGCAUUGAAAAAGCAAGAACUCUUAAAAGUAGAUGAUUAUUUUCCCACUAGGAACCAACAAAAAGCAAUAAUUGCAGAUACUUUAUUCAGCAAAGUAAUGAGUUGUUUUUAACUUAAAAAGGUAUUAACGUUGCAAAAUAUCUGUGUCAAAUAUUUCCUCAGAUUGUGAAUGUGAAAAAUAAGUUAUGAAACAGAAGAACAGAUUUGAAUAUACUCGGAAAAUAUUUUGGUUUCUUGUAGUAUAAUGUAUAUGAUAUACCGUGGCUUCUUUCAAGUUUUGUAGCAAUGACAUUGUCUGUAUUUAUUAACAUUUUAGAUCAGGAAUUCUCUCUCGUGUGUGAUGUUAUAUUCAGUUUUCCUACAUUUGACUUUUAUCAGACAAGUCUGAUUUUUAAAUUUUAAGGAAAAAAAAUAGAUGUGUUAAGAAUUCCGGUUUGAAUAGUAAGUCAUGGUUGCGUGUCAUUCUGAAUGCAUUUCCAGAGUAAUCAAAUAAAUACAUUGUAUUACAUUUGUAUAAUAUUUGUGUAUUUGGACUUUAUUUUGGACGCAAUUUAUUCGAAAGGUUCAUGUAAAAUAUACUAAUUACUAAAAUUAAAGUUUGUCUAGUACACUGUAUUUUUCUUCAUGUCAGCUUACUUAUGGUGCGUUACCUGUUUUCAAAAACACUAAACUUU